CACACAACUGUUCACAUGGUUCGUGGCUAAACUCUGGAAAAGUGUCAUCUUGCGUGAGUGUGAUUUCAUUUAAUGGUCAUGUUCCUCUUGGUGCAUAUGGCUAUCUGUCCAUGUGAAUCUCGGUGACAGAAAUGAAUAAAGAACAUGCAGAAAGUGAAAUGGACAUGGCUUCUGGAUCAACCAAGCCCUAUGGUUCCUCAAGAAGCAUUAUAAGGAGAAUUGGGACAUGUCUUCCCAUUAAUCCCUGUCCAAGGGUCCAUUUUCAGCUUUACCCUUACACAGAUAAUGCGGGUGUCUUAAUCGGCGCUAGGAGGCCGAGUGGCCUGGUGGCCUCUCUGGCCGAUGUUGCCUGGAUUGACGGGGAUGAGAAGGAGGAUGAUGAUGGCUACUCUGACAGAUCCGGGUCAAGGAUCCCACCAGGGUUCAUGUUUCGAGCCCAACAGCCUCAUCCUCAGAGAAGGCCCUUAACGCGUCAGAGAUCACUACCCAGCCUGCACCAGGAGGCUCCGGACCCACAGGGGCCAGCAGUCGCUAAUAAUGAAGCCAUUCAGAAGAUCAGUGCACUGGAGACUGAACUUUCCAAACUCAGACUUCAGAUAGCUCAAAUUGUCCUGGCGCAGGAAAAGGCUGCACAGUCGGCUGCUACCACAGGAGCACCUCCUCCUCCUCCUCCACCUCCUGGCAUCCUGGCUCCUCCCCCGCCACCCCCACCCCCACCACCACCACCCCCAGGUCUACAGCGGACAUUUUCAGCCAUUGAUUUGAUAAAAGAGCGCAGAGGAAAGAAGACAGACGGGCAAACGGGUCUAGAUUCACGACCGGCCGAAAUCCCCAGCAUGCUGGACGUCCUGAAGGACAUAAACAAAGUAAAGCUCCGUUCUGUGAGAAGUCGUCCAGUGGAAGACGAUGCCAAAAUGAAGUCCAAGGAGCCAGUGGAUGCUGCUACUCUCAUCGCUGAAGCCCUGAAACGCAAGUUUGCCCAUCGCUAUCGAACCAACAGUAUACAGGAGGACAAGGAAGAAUUCAACCUUCCUGUUCCUGAAGUGCAGCCUCCAACAGAAUCACCCAUGUUUGGGCAGCACAUGUUGAAAUCAACUGGAAGAAGAUUCCUCUGAUCAGGGGAACCUGGGACGCACGUGUUUUGUGGACACUUGGAAGUGUUUUCACAUUUUAACAUCAGAAGUCUUUAUGGGAUGAGGAGGGAUCUUGCCCAUCAGCCAUGUUGAAGCAUUGCAUGUUGUGAUCAUCCUGACUGUGUUUUUGCACUUUUAUAACUUAUCAGCUUUAAUGUUUUAAGAGUAUGAUUCCCCCUCCCCCCUCUGAGUAUGAUGUAAGUUAAUGACAACACUAAGGUAGUAUUAACUAUUAGUUUUGUUUUUCAAUCAUCAAUUAAUGCUCGACUUGUUGCACAUGGUACGGCUGUUCAGUUGUACAUCCGCGUUUUGAAGGAUGACAGCUCUUCUACCAUUUUAUGCUCUAAUGUUUAAAUCUAGAAAUUGUAGACCAAUGUAUGAUUGGGAUGCUUUAUUUAUGUUUGCGUUGAAUUACAGCAUUUCGUUUUUAACAUUUGAAUAGUGUCAUCGAGUUGCCCGCUUCUAAUUCCAGGGGGUCUCGGUCAAGUCUUAAAGCUGACAUUUGAAAAUAUUUUAUCCGUACAAGUUGAGUUCUAGUUGCCAGUCUUGCUCUGUUUUAGAUAACUCUUGGUGUGAUUUGCCCAUAAAGAGUCAAAAACAUUCCACUAAUGCCUUGUAAAUUUCUGUUUUCCAAUUGAAAUCAUUCCUGAAUAUUGAGGAAAAACAACUCUUUUGGAAAACCUGUAAUUCUUUAAAGAUAGUGUUUAGUUGAUUUACCAGUACCUACCUCUGCUCGAGUUAGCUUUUGCCUUCCAUAUCAUAAUGGACAUUGACAAAUCCACUGUCAUCAGUAUCCUUCACAUGUUCAUGUCACUACAAUCCAUCCGGAAUCAAGUCAUGUUGAGGCAUUUGUUGUUCAAAUUGAUUGGCUGCACAUUUGUACCUUGUGUGAUUUAGUUGCUGCUUCAAGUUAACACAGUUGCCUUUUUUUUUUUAAAAGGGAAGAGGGACUGGGUGUGUCAGUAAUGGCAAUCUUGAUUUUAACUUAGAGUUGUUAAACUUGAUGUCUUACAGUCUUAAUAAAAGUCUAUUUGUCAUUCUGGAA